GAAAGGCAGUAAGAAGAACAGAGACAGAGAGAUACCAGCAGCAAGAAGCAGCAACAAUCCCCAUUGAUCUCCAGGUCUGCAACUGGUGGGCUUGUUUACCUUGAAGAGACUCUAGUAGACCUGGGCCCCCCUUUUUUUUUCUUGCAGAGAGUGUGUCUCCCAAGAUAAGAGUGUAUGCAUGUGUCUGGCCAUGUCCUAUCCUCAGGGCUACUUGUAUCAACCAUCUGCUUCAUUGGCUCUGUACUCCUGCCCUGCAUACAGCACCAGUGUCAUCUCUGGACCCAGGACAGAUGAGUUGGGAAGGUCUUCUUCUGGGUCAGCCUUCUCACCUUAUGCUGGAUCUACAGCCUUUACAGCUACUUCUGCAGGCUUCAACUCCCCCCUACAGUACAGUGGAGACCCAGCUGCUGCCUUCACCUCUUAUGUGGGAUCUCCCUAUGACCACAGUACAGGCAUGGCAGGUUCUUUAGGUUAUCAUCCAUAUGCUGCUCCUCUGGGAUCUUAUCCUUAUGGUGAUCCAGCUUACAGGAAAAAUGCUACUAGGGACGCCACCGCCACUUUAAAGGCCUGGCUGAAUGAGCACAGGAAGAACCCUUACCCCACCAAGGGAGAGAAGAUCAUGCUGGCCAUCAUCACCAAGAUGACCCUCACCCAAGUGUCCACCUGGUUUGCCAAUGCCAGGAGGAGGCUUAAAAAGGAGAAUAAGAUGACCUGGACGCCCAGGAAUAGGAGCGAGGAUGAGGAGGAUGAGGAGAACAUCGAUCUGGAGAAAAAUGAUGAAGAUGAGCCUCAGAAACUAGAGGAGAAGGGGGACACGGAUGUAGACACAGUGAAGAGGAGUCCACUAGAGGAUGAGCCCGAUCUUCUAGACCAUGAGAACAUCCAGGGGAAGGAGCUGGUGGCCAUCAGGAGCGACUCAGAGGUGGAAGACAGCAGUGACCUGAUAUCCAAAACUUCUGCUCCCAGCUCACCCCCAACAUUAUGUCAAACGGGUCAGGCCCAAGAACAACAGACUGUACCAAAUCACCUUCAUCAUCAUCACCAUCACCAUCAUCAGCAACACCACCAACCAGCAGCCCAACAUCUUCAUCACCACCACCAUCACCACCAACCGCACCCACUAGACCUGGCACACAGGAGUACCCCAGUCCAUCAUGGCCCAGCCACCAGCAAUGCCACCUCAGUCAUUCACUCUCCACCAGCCUCCACCUCUAAGCCUAAACUCUGGUCCUUGGCUGAAAUAGCCACAUCCUCGGACAAGACUAAGGAAAGCAGUGAAGUGACCCUAGGGCCAGUGUCCAGCACAGCCCAGCCCAUGGCUGCUACUACUUCUUCUCCAUCCAGAUCCCCCUCUGCUGCUUGUCAUUUCCCCAACAGUGCAGUGUUAUCCCGGCCCAUUUACUACAGCACCCCAUUCUAUCCUGGCUACACGAACUACAGCUCCUUUGGGCACCUCCACAGCCACCAUGGACCCAGCACCACCCCAUCAGCUAACAGCAAUCCCCAUUUCAAUGGAUUAACCCAGACUGUCCUAAACAGAGCUGAGGCUUUGGCCAAAGAGUGCAAACUUAGAAACCAAUCUCAACUAGACCUUAGCAAAGACUCUGCAUAUGAGAUGAAGAAAGGUAUGUCUGGCCUUUAAUGUGGCUUCUCUGCAAGCAUCGGGACUUCUUUUAUUUAUUAAUGCCUUGUCAUUUUACCAGAUCCCAUCGAGAAUAUUAAUAAUUCAAAGAAUACAAAAUCUGUCAGGCCAGUGCAGGAUAAACCUCCCCUCCCCCCCUGCAAGGAGAUGAUCAACCCAUCAUUUGUAUCAAUCUCAACCUGUAUAUUUAAUGUAGCAUUUUUUGUAUUUAAAUGGAACAUCACUAUCUUUGAAGUAAAUUAUGGAAUCCGAUCCGUUGUACAGUCAUUGAUGCUGUUUCUUUUGUAAUAUAACUAUAUAUAUAUAUAUAUAUAAAGCGCAUUGUUUUACCCUGAACUGUUUCAUAGUUGAUAAUACAA